CACGGGGCGGCAUCGGCUUGAAGGCGAAGCUUCAGCAGAGGGCGGGGCUCGAGGAACAGCGGAUUUACAAGUGGUACGUGAAGCACGCGGGCGUCGCAUCUGAUCAUCUGACAGUUGCCGCUGCCCUGUCGGAGCUGGACGCCCUGGUCAAUGACUCCCUCGGCCCGGCAGCGUCGGCGUGCCCCGACGACGCCCCGCCGGCAAAGCAGAGGCGCCUGACCGAGAGGGGUGGCGAGGCUGCUGCCUGCGCGGCGCCGUUGCAGGGCGAGUCACGGCCUGGCCAGUCGACGCCGGCAGCUCGAGGGGUUGUCCCGACGGCUUGCUCGGCUGGACAAGGCCCGGCGGCUGCAGCAGCGGCCAAGGCGUCUCCCGCUUCAACGCCGCCCAUCGGCAUCGAAGAGACCCCGGUGAAGAGGCCUCGCCUGUUCGCCGACGGGCUCGGUGCGACGCCCGCGCAGACCACCGGCGGCCUGACGCCUGCCACCGCGGAGGCCUUGGCAAGGUCGUGCCGCAAGAGCCCGUGGGAGUCCCCGUUGGUCGACGAUUCCGUGAGGCUUGCUCGCCCAGGGAAUCCCGCGAGAGGUGCCUCGCGGCCCGUCGAGCGGCCGCGCUUGCGCCCGCGGGAAGAGGAGCGCCUCCUGGCGGCAGUGCCGCGGAAAGCUGUGAAAGAUCUGUACGUGCACGUCCGCGAUGAGGCUCUGCGCCUAGGCAACGUAGAGUACCUCCCACAAUGGCGCGAGAACAAGCCAAAGUAUCGACAGCUGAACUACGUGUGGAAUUUGCACCAGCACGGCGAGCUCCAGGCGGCUGAGUACGCUCUGUUGGCGCACCAGCCUCACAUUAUUGGCCCAGAGCUCUUCGGCGCAGUGGAGAAGGCGGAGUGCCCCGCCGCAGUGAUCCCCUCGAGCAGCAGCGCCUGGCGGUGGACUUUCAAGCCGGCAGGAGUUGACGUGGAAGGACCGCAGGUGGAAUCUCGGGCCGACGCGGCGCGAGCCCUGGCCGGGCUGCAGGCGCGGCUGUACCCCGAGUGGCAUCACCCAGGCACUCGCGAGCAACACCUCCGCGCCCUGCUGCGCGACGACGACCGGCAGCAGCAGAUGCGCGGCCUGCUCGCUCAGCCUGGCAUGCGGUUCGCCAGAGCGGCCGUGCUGGGAGCAGCCGCGUCAGCGCCCCGAGACGGCCGCGCGGGCGCCGCUGGCUUCCCCAACCUGACAAACACGUGCUACAUCAAUGCCGUGGUGCAGUGCUUGUACCACACGCACCCCUUCCGCGCAGACAUCGAGGGCAUGCAGCCGGGCGCCAGCAACAUGGGGGACCGCCUGCGGGACUUGUUCUGUGCGCGCAGCUCCCCUGCUUCCACGGCCGGCGACAUUCGCCCGCCGUUGGUGGCCCUUGUCCGCCAGAUCUUGCAGCAGCCGCCAGGCUUUGAGUCCGGUCGCCAACAGGACGCGGCGGAGUGCCUGAUGCGCGUCCUCGAGCACGCGGACCUCGGAGGAGUGCGGCGCCGCGUCUGCGGGGACGGCGCAGCCGCGAGCGUCGAGGGCAUGGUGCACUGCUGCGCGGCCGAGGAGGCCCAGGUGGGUCGCGAUGCGCCGCCUGUGCCCAUGGCCGCCAUGAUCCCUGCGUCCCUCACGGGCGAGCAGGCCGUCCGUGAGGCUUCGGAGGCAGUGGUCCUCCGCGUGGAGAGCAUGUACGAACAGGAUGGCAGACAGUUCGCGGUGGACGCGCGGGCGGACUGGCGGGGCGCUGUCUUCCCCGUCAGCAUUCUCAACGGAGACGCCGUUUCUUACGAGGUGGCGGCCUUCGCGCAGCACCGCGCCGCGCGCGGCGUACCACCUCUGCAGCGGAUGCGCGGCGGCCACUACGUCGCCUACGUCAACAAGGGCGGGCGCUGGUUCGAGCUCGACGAUGCCGUCGUGACGGAGCUGCCUGAGCCGCCUGACGCGUAUCCGUACUUGGUCUUCCUGGCCCGCGCGAGGCCCAGACGGUCGAUUCCGAUGGGCGGGAAGCGGCGCGACCCUCGUGGGCCUGACGACGCUCUGGAGGCUGCUGCCAGGCUGUCGCGAGUGAUGCCUGCGGCGUCGGGAGGGGCCGCUGCUGGCUUAGCAUCCGGAUCGGGCAGCGGCAGCCGCGGCUUGCCACAGGCUGCAGGCUCAGCGGCUGGUCAAGGCCGGACAGGCAGGGACUGGAGUGGCAGAGACCAGUCUGGUAGAGACGAGACUGGAAAGGACCAGACUGGUAGGAACCGCAGCGGUCAGCCAAGGGGCAUUGCUGGAGUGCACCCAGCUGCCAGGGCCGUCUGGAACGCUUCAGCUGCCGCGGACAACAGAGACCACACCCGGGCAGACCCCGAGAACAGCGCGGACAACCCUUUCAAGCGGUACGUGGAUAACUGGGAUCUGCGACGCACCAGCGCAGAUGUGAAAUGCCGCACCUGGUCGCAGAGGGCCGAGCCGUCGGGCCCCCAGCCGUGCCGGCUCUGCCAGGGCCGAGACUUCGCGUUCCGCGAAGAUUGGAAGAAGCACGUGGACGACGAGCACGGUGGCGUCCAGCGCUACCGCAACGCUCUCUUCUCGUCGCUGUCGCUGAAGCCCUAUGUUGUCAAGGGAGAGGAGUGGCGCGCGAUCGUGGCCAAUUAUGCGGAGUUCUACGCCAGGGCCGCCGUGGACUGGGAGAAGCCGACUGAGCGCAUGCGUGAGCUCGCUCAGACUCCCGAGGGGUUGUCUGCAGAUGAGCGCUGGGCGCCCCGGACCCGCUGUGCGUGCGUCUUCUGCGCCAGGCUGCACUGGUCCGAGGACCUCUCCUUGGAGUUCCUAGCAGGCAAGGACUGCUUCAUGAAGAACCCCGAGGCCGUGGCCAAGCUGUUGUCUUGGGAGGUUUACCACAAGCACUGGCCCGACAUCCCCGAGGCCGAGCUCCGCGCCUCCGCCGUGCGUCUGCGCAUUGGGAACACGGACACAUUCCAACUUGUCCUCAUGCACAAGCGGCGGGUGACGGAUGCGCAGGCGUUGGGCGACGAGCGGGCCCCGGUGUGCGAGGAUUGCCUGUGCGCGUUCUCUCCCCGCCACCCGCGCAUGUGCAAGUUCACCUUCGCUAACCACUUGUGGCUCGGCAGGAAUGACCCGCUCUUCCGCAAUGCCAACUUGUCGCACCAGAUGCUCCUCGCACUCGCCCGCGCCGUGACGACCAAGGUGGUGCUGCGCCCCGAGAGCUACGACAAGCAGCGCAGCGGCGACGGGCCCACGUGGGACUUCCUCUUCCACCAGACGGGCAUGGUGGGCUCCGCAAUCCUCUUCGGGAACGCGUCGUGCAAGGAGGCCAUGGAGCGUUUCCCUCCGGCUUCCAUCAAGGACGCCUUCGCGGUGACUUUCCUGGCAGCCAAGCAGGACGCGGCGAAAGAGCAGCCGCCAGACGGCUCGGAGAAUGCAGCGGGACAGUGGCGCCGCGAGGGUCUGGCUGGCGACGCCGCCAGGCAGCAGGACGCCGCCCGGCGCGCCGUCCGGGGCAUCGCGCGCCUCAAGGUGAACCGCGCAGAGUUUGACUCGCAGGCGCAAGCGCUGCAGUCCACGAACGUCGUCUACGAAGACAAGGAUUACGACGAGGCGCUGGUUGCCCAGUGGUGCCCCAACCCGCUGAUUCCUGAGGUGCCCCCGGUGGUGUUGGACAGCGUCGUGGCCGUGCCGUUGGAGGAUUCGCCCGGCGCCGUCGUGGCCGCGGGACCAGCCGACGCCACGGCGGCCGGGGCGCAGGAUAUGGAAGACGCAGACGUUCAGGCGUGCAAGGAAUCCCGGUACGUGAGCGCGUUCAGCGAGGAGGACAUCCCGGGCGCGGCCGCCUCGGCGGGGGCCUUGGAGGUGACGGCGCUGAUCAAGCAGCUGGAGGAGCUGGACGCGACAGCGCAGCGCUCCGUGGCCAAGGAGACAGAGCACGCCAUCGAGUCAGGCAGCGCGCUGCUGGACGAGGCGGGCAGGGAGCGAGUCUUGCAGCUCUGCGAGUCCGUUCGAAACCGCGCUGCUCGGUUGUCGCGCCCGGAGCGGGAGCUGCGGCUGCAGGAGGACCUCGCGCGCGCCGCGCUGGGCGAACCGGUCAGGCCUCGACAGGCGGGGGGGGCCGAGGCGACCAUGGCGAACCUCGAGGUGACGCGCGGCACGGCGCCCCUGUCGCUGUUCGAUUGGAAGGUGUGGACGCAGGCGCGCCCGAGCCUGUGGCGCUACGGCGACGCCGGUCACCUGGACCCGAAACGAACGGGGACCUACCCGCAGUUGCUCGCCCACGAGUGGAUCACGUGCCUGUGCAUGCGGGAGGAGAUGGAGUACACUCUGGACACCGACGAGGAGAAGCCGUACCGCGUGCGGGAGAACGACGACGAUCCAGAGGUCAACCGGUUCGCGGCGGACUGGGUGUCGUUGCACAUGUUCGCCACGUUGCACUUCUUGACGGAGCGCCACCAGUCCGCCUUCGCCUUCCUGAAGAACGGAGGCAUGAAGUGGGCCGAGAAAGUGCAGCACCUCACGCCGGAUGCCCUGGCGGCGGCCGCCCGCGCUCACGCGGGUGGCGGCGGCGUGGCGGCUUUGGCAAGCAACGCCAACGUGCCCAACGUGGUUCGGGACGCCCUGAACAUCAUGCAGAUGGCCGUCGCGGACGUUGUCGGCACCGACGAACAUCGGCGCCUCUGCCGCCACGAGGGGGUUGCCUACAUGGCGCUCUUCGGGUGCCCCUUGAUCUUCGCCACCCCGAACGUAGCGGACACGAAGCAGCCACUGUUCGUCAGGGUGGAGGGCCAGGAGAUCCCGCUCGACGACUGGAGCAUUCCAGGCCUGCGCAGCGACGUCAUCCCAAAGUACCGAGACAUGAUGCGGCGCGUCGCCCAGGACCCGGUCGGCCAGACCGUGUGCUUCGAGCUCAUCAUGCGCCUCUUCUUCAUCCACGUCCUCGGCGUCCGCCCCGAGUGCGUGGGCGGCCGCCGGCGCGGCGUUCCUCCCAGGAAACGCUGCUCCUGGGACUGGUGCACCGACGGCGUGGCGGCGUCCUCGACCGCCCCGGGGAUCUUUGGGCCCGUGCAAGUUUUCCGCGGAGAGAUCGAGGCGCAAGGUCGGGGAUCGCUCCAUCCGCACAUCCUGGUGUGGUUGUGCGCCCUCUCGACGCGGCAGCUCGUGCACGUGCUCCGACGCCAUCCUGCUGUUUUCCGAGAGCGCCUGGGCAAGUGGAUGAGGGCGUGCGUCAUGGCCGUGGAGAGCACCUGCCAGAGUUCCGUAGAGGUGUUGCCGCGGCGUUUCGGGCACGUCGACCAGCGCGUGGACCCGCUGCCAUUCUCUGUCAUCGAACGAGACCAGUCGCGCUUCGACGGGGGCAGCGAGCUGGACGCGCUCCGCGAAGAGAAGCAGGCGGGCGCGGAGCUGACCGAGGACCAGGAGACCUUCCUGGAGACCGAGGACCGGGACUCCUGGCUCCGGCCCGAUCUGCCGUUGCGGGACGCCACAGGCCGCGAGUUGGCGCCGGGGGAGAAGGCACCGCCGCGGCCGUCCUCAUACGGCAUGCCCAUCGAUGCUUUCGCCGUGGGGAAAUGCCCCGCGUACCGGCGGCGCGGCCUCGUGCAGCAAGACACCGGCGCGGGCGAGCCGGCGGCCCGCGGGGUUGUCCCAACGGUCUGCUCGGACGCGCCCGCGGCUCAGUCGGGGCAGCAAGGACUCGGCCAGACGACACUCGCCGCGGACGAGGAGGCGCCGCCCCCGCCGCCGCCCCCGCCAGGAACGGAAGAGAAUCGUGAGGUCUGGGAGCGCCUCUUCUCGAGGGACGUCCGGGAGCUCGCCAAGGAGACGAUGACGCACGUGUGCGGAGAGAGCUGCUACAAGUACUCGGGCAACAAGACCACGAAGAUCUGCCGCCACGGCUUCUACUACAUCGUCACGCUUGCGGAUUGGCGCAGGCGCAGGCGAGGGAAGCCUCUGCGGAACGCCAUGUUCGUGGUGCGAUCCUCGACGCACGGCAUGCAGGGUCGUCUGUUGCACUUCCAGCUCCACCCGUCUGAGUGCAUUACCAACUACGCCGGCGCCGCGGCUGGGCGCUUCAACCUGGAUGCGCAGGACCUCCGACGAGUCAGCGACCCCAAAGCGUGGUUGGACGAGGGCGAGGUGCUCCCGCACGUCGGCUCGCAACCCAAGCUGGGGUACAUGGGCACGUACGAGCUGGGCGAUGCCGACGCUUACGUCAACCGCCCGGAGGUUCCGGAGAAGCCGCUCGCGUGGACGGACGACUGCUCGCCGGAGGAGUGGCGCGACAUUAUGCUGCAGUGCCAGACGGAGGACGCGGAGGGCGAGGACGCGGAUGACGUGGACGCCGCGGACACCUUCGCGGACCAGCUGGAACUGGAUGCCCAGGCAGCGUUCAGCGACGGCCUGAACACGGGCUUCUACAUCAACUCCUACACGACGAAGCAGUGCCCCAGCAUGGAGGGCGUCCUCGUGGAGAUGCGGCGCGGCCUGGAGCGGCUGCAGGCGCAGCGACAGGCGCAGCAGGACAAGAUGAAGCUGGAGCUGCAGCAGCGAGGAGACGACCCCGAGAAGACUCUGUCCGCCGCCGACCGGAGAGCGCUCGGGGGUAAGUCCAAGUUCGGGGAGACGCUGGAUCUGGUGAAGAAUCUGUCCGCAUCGUACCGCCGAUGCUACUGGAAGAGCGGGCCAGAGAUGCUGUUCCCGAUCUUCUACGGCCACCUCACCUACGCGUCCCACCGCUGCUGGACGAUCUUCAUCAAGAAGGGCGUCUUCCUGGCGGCGGAGGCGUGGCGACGCGAGUACGGGCGCUCUCUCCGGCACAAGGCCAAGCAGGACGGGGGCCGCGCCCCGGUGCAGUACCUCGGGCGCGGCGUCGACCCGUGCACUCUCGAGGGGUGGCGCGAGGAAAAGGACGACGACGGGCAGGCGGUGUACGUGAGCCCGGAAGGCCAGCGCUUCCCGGAUAUCCUGACGGCCUACGAGCACGACGUCGCGACCAAGGCGGCGCGCGACGCGCCCGAUCAUCGCCAGGUGGUGUCGUUCCUGGCGAAGUUCAUGCAGGACAAGGGCGCCAUGAUGGUCGUGGCCUUCUCGAACGCGCAGGCGAAGAACAUCUCCACGGAGACGGUGAAGGCGGCGUUCCAAUCUCCGCUGGUUGCUGGCCUCGAAUCCUGCGGCCCGAUGGACGCCGCGGUCUGCCUGGCGGUCGCGGCGGGUGCCCAGCCGCGCAAGGCCAGCAGUCCGCUCGAGUGCGGGCUCGUGAGCUGUGUCGGCUGCCCCGUCCCGAAUGAGGCCCUGAGCACACUGUACUUUGGGCUAGAGGAGUGCGAGUUGUUCAGCUGUGAUGAUUACCUCAUCCCACAGGGAACCCUGAGCACUCUGUACCUUGGGCUGGAACCCUUCAUCCACGGCCACUAUCUGUCCGGUUAUCACGGAAAAGACGGAAACACUGAGACGGAGUGGUGCAGUGAUGUGGAUCGGAGCGACGAUGCUUGGACGACCCCCGAGCGUAGCGACGAGUACGAGUGA